AUGUUUCUGGCAAGCUGGUUGCCACUUCUUGUGGAAAGAAGGCUGGAUGUUCCUGGUUUUUUCGACUGCACGGAGGCUGCAGGUUUCAGCCCUGUUUGGGAAGGAUUUCGAAGGCGUGCUACCAUCAAUGCAGCCCUCGGCUGGCCCCUGGACCCGGAGCUGGCGGUUGCCACAGCUCAAUUGCUGGAGCAAUUUGAUGAUGUUAGCACAGGACGCUCAUGGAUUCACCCAGCUGGUGCAGUUUGGGAGUCCUUCCGAACAGCUCAAAACCGAAGAGAUCCUUUGAUAUCUCCAGAGCUUCAGGUCCUUCCACGUGGGCCCUCUGGGGGUUUUAUUCUUGAAAACCAACGUGGAGCAGAGCGCGGCCACAUAUGUUUGUAUGGACUUGCCACGGCUCUUUUCAUUGCAUACCGGCACGCUGUUCCUACAGGGGCCGAGGAUGCAUUUCGGCACCUUGAGCUCAUUUUGUGGCUGCUGGGAGAGACUGCAGGUGGAGAGCAGUUGUUUGACUUCACCGAGUCAAGCUCGUGGCCGAUUCGGAGCAUUGAUGUCGAGUUGAAUUUGGAAAUGGCCAAAUCUGGCCAUGCCCGCUUCGUUCUCUUCUCCAGAGCCAGAUCUCGUGAAAUGACAUUGAAAACUAUCAGGCCCGCUAUCUUGCAGGCCGGAGAGGGCUGCGAGACCUGGAAUGGUUUGGCAGUCUUUGGCAUACAUGGGGCCACUUCAUUGGAACCUGCCUCGGCAAUUGCGUCAGCCAAUGAGAUUCAGCAAGCAUCUGCAGCUUGCGCUGUGACGUCGAAGCUGAAGGUGCGCUUUUAUGGGCAUCCAUGUCCCAGCUAUUCAAAGACGGGCUAUUUGUGCCAGUGGUCUCGCAGCGUCCCAGCAUUUUCAGAGGGAGUUGCUGAAAAUGAUCCUGUCGCAGAGAUUUUGUCGGACCUGGUGGACCUUGCCGACCGCCAUGUGGAUCAAGAAUGGGACUUACACCAAAGCCUGGCUCGACUGACAUAUUUUGUGCAGGCUGACAGCUUCUCCCGACAAUCCUUGUGGUUGUGCAGCGGUCCAGCUGUGCUUUGUGCAAUGUUGCACAUCGUUGCGCCUUCGAAACACAUGAUUAUGUGGCACUGCAGACAUCUUCUAGAUGGCUUGGGUGCGCAGAGCAACUCCACUAUGACGGCUUUAUUGGGUAUCUUGCGCAUCAUGAUGUCGUCAAGGGUGGUUUAUUGCAUGGCGUGUGAAGCUUUCGUCGCAAAGCAGGCAGCCUAUCAAUUAGCAGCAGAGCCACAGGUGCAGCAGCGUUUGGCCAUUUAUGUGGCUCAGUUCCGGUGGCAUGGUCUCAACGUCAGGUCAACCGAAGUGUUCAUUUUGCGCUCAAUGUUGUGGGCACGUUUGCCCGGGAUGUACUUCAAAAGCGUCCUUGAGGCAUUCCUGCGAGAGAAUGGAAAAAGCAUCCCUUUGAAGUUCAAGUGGGCAACAGACAUGGAAUUCGUUCCUUACUCUGAGAUGAUGACAUAUCGCUGCGGAGUUCUUGUCCCAAAUGAUUUGACGAUGGCAUCAUUUGCAGAGGCAUAUGCCAUGGGGUUUCCGCUUUUCUUGCCUGUGGAUGAGUGGCUCUAUAGGCUUCAAAAGUCAGUCCCUUAUGGCUUUAUGGUUCAUGCUGUAUCUCUUCCAGGCGAUCAUCCAUCUCCGUUUUGGCAAGAAAAAUCCCGCGCUCUCACCACCGUUAUGAUGUGGCUGAGGUUGUCAGAUUUCUCGACGUGGCCUUUCACGCAACGCUUCUGCUCGGUGCCAGAACUGCUUGAAGGUUUGAUGAAGACACCCCUGGAGAAAAUUAGCCUGGCCAUGUUGGAGUGGAUGGCAAAAAGCCAAGAGGAGGGGUUGCGGCGUUGGUCUGGGCUUUUGCACAGCUUGCAACAAGGCAGCGAAGUAAUGUCAGAGAGUUCUUUGGAGGUGUUGCAAGAGUCUGUGUUUGGUCCAGGCUAUGUAAGCAGGAGCGACCUGCUAUAUUCUGCACUAGCUUGUGAGCAUGUUGUUGAGGCCAAUGCAGUCGCUGGUUUUCCUUUGGAGCAGGACAUUGCUUUCUUCACCGAUGUUGCCCUUUUGGACCUGGGAGAGGCUGCUGCAGAAAGCCAAGUGAGAUCUUUCAACGUUGCGCUCCAGCACUUCUUGAAGAACCUUUCGGCAGAUGAGGUCGAUAUCGCUUUUGCAGGCCUGGGUCAUUGCCAUCUUGGCGUGGCCUCCGCUUUGCUCCUGCAGGCUUUGCGCGAGCUAGCGCAAGCUGAUGUUGCCACCAAGGUUGCUUGGUUUGUCGGGCUGGCGCACGAGUUGGUACUGCCCUUGAUGGAAGCCCCGAAAGAACUGCGCGUGCCUCUCGGCGCAUGGCCUGUUGAGGAGCUCAUGGCCCAUGUGAGCAGCGCAAUGGAAUCCAAACAGCAGGACAAGCUCUUGACUGCUUUCAAAAGCCAAGAAUUUCAAGAGAAGCUAAAGCGGUUGCAAGCCCAAUACCCACAGCGAAAGCAGAAAGGCCACAGAGAUGGCCCUGUGUAUUUUCAGGCUUUCGAGGUGCUUGUGAUGGCGGUGUUUUGCAGUGUUCUUCCAGCUCACGGGCUUCGAGGAGAUUGGGAUGGAGUCCGAGACAUGUUUGCCAUGAUGGCUUCAGCUUUGACGCAUUUGAAAGUUAAGCGACAGCACGAGGAGAUAAACAUUUUGCUGGGGCUGCCUCGCGAUGCGAGACUUAUUGCGCCUUCCAAGAAAGAGGACCUGCUUGUAUACUGCCCAGGAGGUAAUGGGAAUCCACCUUUUGAUUCUCACUUGAUCCAGGAUGAGGAUGGCGACGUGGCCCAUGAGUUCUUGGUGGAAAAUGAGGCCACAGGAGAACUCUGCGCCGCCUUGGUUUCAAGGCCAGCCAGUGACAAGAUGUAG